CCCCCCCCAGCCGCCGGCACGGCCCCGCCCCCGCUGCCCCGGUGGUGGCCCACGGCCCCCCGGCUGCCCGUGGUCAAACUGGAGUCGCUGAAGCGCUGGAACGAAGAGCGGGGCCUCUGGUGCGAGAAGGGGGUGCAGGUGCUGCUGACGACGGUGGGCGCCUUCGCCGCCUUCGGCCUCAUGACCAUCGCCAUCAGCACUGACUACUGGCUCUACACGCGCGCCCUCAUCUGCAACACCACCAACCUCACGGCCGGCGGCGACGACGGGACCCCUCACCGCGGGGGCGGCGGCGCCUCGGAGAAGAAGGACCCCGGCGGCCUCACGCACUCGGGCCUCUGGAGGAUCUGCUGCCUGGAAGGGUUGAAAAGAGGCGUCUGCGUGAAGAUCAAUCAUUUCCCGGAGGACACGGACUACGACCACGACAGCGCGGAGUAUCUACUCCGAGUUGUCCGGGCCUCCAGCAUCUUCCCCAUCCUUAGCGCCAUCCUGCUGCUGCUCGGGGGUGUGUGCGUGGCGGCCUCCCGCGUCUACAAGUCCAAGAGGAACAUCAUUCUGGGCGCAGGGAUCCUGUUCGUGGCAGCAGGCCUGAGCAACAUCAUCGGCGUGAUCGUGUACAUCUCCGCCAACGCGGGCGAGCCGGGCCCGAAGCGGGACGAGGAGAAGAAAAACCACUACUCGUACGGCUGGUCCUUCUACUUCGGCGGGCUGUCGUUCAUCCUGGCCGAGGUGAUAGGCGUGCUGGCCGUCAACAUCUACAUCGAGCGCAGCCGCGAGGCGCACUGCCAGUCUCGCUCGGACCUGCUCAAGGCCGGCGGGGGCGCGGGCGGCAGUGGCGGGAGCGGCCCCUCGGCCAUCCUCCGUCUGCCCAGUUACCGCUUCCGCUACCGCCGCCGCUCCCGCUCUAGCUCCCGCUCCAGCGAGCCGUCGCCGUCGCGGGACGCGUCUCCCGGCGGCCCCGGGGGCCCGGGCUUUGCCUCCACGGACAUCUCCAUGUACACGCUCAGCCGCGACCCCUCCAAGGGCAGCGUGGCCGCGGGGCUGGCGGGGGCCGGCGGCGGCGGCGGCGGCGGCGCCGUGGGGGCGUUCGGCGGCGCGGCCGGGGGCGCCGGGGGCGGCGGCGGAGGCGGCGGCGGGGCGGGUGCCGAGCGGGACCGCGGGGGGGCGUCCGGCUUCCUCACGCUGCACAACGCCUUCCCCAAGGAGGCGGGCGGCGGCGUCACGGUCACGGUCACCGGGCCGCCCGCCGCGCCCGCGCCCGCGCCACCCGCGCCCUCUGCGCCCGCCCCCGGGACCCUGGCCAAGGAGGCCGCCGCCUCCAACACCAACACGCUCAACAGGAAAACCACGCCUGUGUAGGGGCGCGGCGGGGGAGCCGAGGGGCGUGUCCGGGGCGCGUGCGCGGGCGCGCGUGCAUCGAGGCUGCCGGGGUCGGGGGCGCCCCCGUUUUCCCCCGUGAGCACGCUGGAGACUGCUGGGCCCGCCCCACGCCCACCCUCCCCGCCCCCCUCCCCCUCCGAAGCAGGGACCCCGAGGCAGGGGGCAGGGGAGGGAGGGGGCAGCUGUGAGGGAGCGUCGUGUUUUAUUUUUUUGGGGGAUCUAUGGGGAGCGGGGAGGGCCAUGGUGUUUUUUGCAGUUUCGAGAUGUUUUCUUUUUCAUGUUUUGCUGUGUGCAUGGGGGGCGGGGCGGGGGGAGGGGGGGAGGGAGGGACUCCCAGCCCAGCCCAACUCCUGGAGAGGGGCCCAUAAUACACGAAUACAUAGUUACACCCACAAACUAUAUAUAUGCCCUAUAUAAAGAGACGCAGCGAAGGGAUGCAGAAAGGCAGAAAGAAGGGUUGGACGCAGGCAUUCAUUCAUUUUUUUCAUUCAUUAUUCCACAAGGGCUUAUUAAGCACCUACUGUGUACCAGGCACUGGUACAUAAGAAGGCAUUGGAGCAGGGGACACGAACGAGGCACAGAAAGGGCCUUCUCGUUCAUUCAUUCAUUACCGGCAAUUUAUUUGUGCGCCUUAAAAAGCUAGGCAUUGUGCUCCGUGCUCAGCGUGCAGGAGGCAGGAAAACAGCCAGGGGCCCCGACGUCUCAUAGAGUAAACAUCUUGUGCAUGAGACAGGCAUUAAUCGAUCAUGUACAUACACAAUAAAUUACAGUUAGGCUAUAGGAGAAACGCGAUGCUAUGAAAUGCUCCAUCAGGGGAGCCUAACCCAGUUGUGAGGAAGAGAUUUCAGUGGACAGUGAAAGGAUGAGAAGAAGCCAGCAGGGCGGAGCUGGGGCAGGAGUGUGGCAGGCAGAGCAGCACGUGCAAAGGCCCCGGGGCAGGAAGGAGCUUGCAGCGAGGGCUGAAGGGUAGUGAGGCAGGUGAGCGGGGAUCAAGGUGAGGCUGGAGACACAGACAGGGCCAGAUUGUGCAGGGGCUCGUAGGUCAGGAGUUCAGAUUUUAUUCUAGGAGUGGUGAGGGCCGUGGAACGGGUUUAAGCAGGACGCUAACGUGAAUGGUGUACAAAGGGAAGACAGGAACUCGGAGGCAAGAGUAGGAGGCAGAGAUGUGCUGAAAUACAGCAUCAAACACGGGCACGGGCCCUUGGAGCUCACACUCUUGUGGGAGGAAGCAUGUAAUUACACAGAUGCUGAAGGAUAGACAUGGUGUCUGGUGUGCAGGAGAAGCCCUGGGGCUUAGAGACUCAUGUGUCUGUCACUCGUUCAUUCAGCCACUCACCCGUUGCCAUUUUUGGCCGUCUGCUAAGGUACCAGGAAGUGUGUUAGGAUCCAGAUCCCCAGGGGUGAGACAGACUCUAGCCCUGCUCUCAAGCAGUUUAUUGUCAUCAAACACCGCCAUCCAGGCAGGGCAAUCGGUGCUGGAACCCGGACCACCGUGGGUACCGUGGCACACGGUGGACAGAGUGACCAACUGCCAGGAGUGAGCAGCACUUGGGGGAGGCUUCCUGGAGAAUAUGAUGCCCAUUCUGGGUCUUGAAGAAAUGAGUGGGCAUCUUCUGGGUGAUGAAAGGCAUGAGAAAGGCUUGUGGGGCCAAAGAACAACUUGGGUGAAAACGGGGGGAAGUGAACGAGCAUGAUGUAUUGGGGUCAGUGCUAAUAGUUCCGGGAUGCUGAUGUACAAGGUGGGGCUGGGAGAUGAGGCCGGGAAAGUAGCCACAAGCUAGAGUGUAAAGAUACCAGGGCGGCCGGGCGCGGUGGCUCAUGCCUGUAAUCCCAGCACUUUGGGAGGCUGAGGCUGGAGUAUCACUUGAGCCCAGGAGUUUGAGACCAGCCUGGAUAACAUGGCGAAACCCUGUCUCUACAAAACAUUAAGAAAAAUUAGCCGGGCGUGGUGGAGCACACCUGUGGUCACAGCUACUCGGGAGGCUGAGGGAGGAGGACCAUUUGAAUCCAAGAGUUCGAGGCUGCAGUGAGCUAGGAUCGCGGCACUACACUCCAGCCUGAGCAACAGACUGAGAUCCUGUCUCAGAAAAAAAGAGAAAAAGGUGCCUGAGUUCCAGGCAGAGGGACUGAGGCUCUUCUAAGGAUGGUGAGAGAGGAUGACAGCUGAGCGGGGGCAAGGGCUGUGCGGUGAGAGGAGGGGAUGGGUUUGAAGUUCACUGAGAAGGCAGAGGGGACAGCGCCCAGUAGGCUUCCCUUCCAUAUUUGCUCAGCAAGUGUUUCCUGAGGCCUCCCCCGAAGCCUUGUGCUGGGCGGUGCUGGGAGUGGAGAGGUGAUUUUGAUCUUGCCCUGCUCUCAAGGGGCUCCCAGUCUGGUGGGAAAACAGGCACAGACGCAGCUUGAGGAGGACGUGGCAGCGGUGGUGCCAUGCUGCCAGGGGCUCUGCGUGCCCUUAUCUUGAGCAUAUGGGGCUGCGGAAGGGUACAGAUCAGAGCUGAGUGUUCAGAAUUUCUCUCCGAGGCCUGUGUGGAAGGACCAGGAAGAGAGAGACUGAAGGUCCCUAGGAAGAAUUCUACCAAGGCGGUUUCAGGAAGAGAUGCUGGGAAAUGUAGGAAAAGGAAUACAAAUCAGUGAGACGGAGAAGCGCUGAGUGAGAGAGACGGAUACGUGGAGAGAAGAGGGAUGCCGGAGCGGGAGUUAAAAGAGACAAAUCUGGCCGGGUGCUGUGGCUCCUAAUCCCAGCACUUUGGGAGACUGAGGCAGGCGGAUCGAGGCAGGCGGAUUGAGCUCAGGAGUUCCAGACCAGCCAACAUAUUGAAAUCUUGUCUCUACCAAAAAUACAAAAAUUAGCCGGGUGUGGUGGUGCACACCUGUAGUCCCGGCUACUCAGGAGGCUGAGGCGAAAGGAUCUCGCUUGGGCCUGGGAGGGUGAGGCUGCAGUGACCCGUGAUGGCACUGCCCUCCAGCCUGGGCGAAAGAGCGAGACUCUGUCUCAAAAAAAAAAAAAAAAAAAAUUGAGAGAGAGACAGCAAAUAUUUGCUGGAAGAGGGAGAGGGAACUGGUUAGGGGAGAAUGGAUUCUAGAGUCUGAAGGCCAAACAGAACGAGAGAGAGAGAGAGAGAGAGAGAAUGAGGUUGAGGGUAGGCAGGAGGAAGAGCAAGAUGGGGAGGGAGGGGGAGGGCAGGAGAGACCAAACUAGUAGAGUCACAGACAGAGAAAAAAUCAAGCACAGGAAGGUGAUACAGAGGAGAGAGAAGAGGAAGAGGAGAGAGAGACUGACAGGUGCACAAAUCAGAGAAGUCCUAGAGAUAGCAGAAACACACACAGAGACAGAGAUAGAGAGGGAGAGGUAAGCCGGAGACAGACUCAGAGAUUCGCACAACAAGCAACGUGGAGACUCAGAAGCAAGCGCAGCGUCAAGGAACGCUCCAUUUCUGGUGUGUUGUUUUCCUAGUAUUCAAGAAAUAUUUAUUGAGUGCCAACCUGUUCUAGACCCAAUCUCGGCCAGGGGAUGUGGUGGCAAAUAGACGGACAAGGGCCUGCUCUCCUGAAACUCACUGGAGAGAUAAACAAUAAAUAAUAUCAUUUCAGUAACCAAAAAGUGCUUUAAAAAUUAAGCUGAAGGCCGGGUGCAGUGGCUCAUGCCUGUAAUCCCAGCACUUUGGGAGGCCGAGGCUGGUGGGUCACUUGAGGUCAGGAGUUCGAGACCAGCCUGGUCAACAUGGUGAAACUCCAUCUCUACCAAUAAAUAAAUAAAGUAGCUGGGUGUGGUGGUGUGCCUGUAGUCCCAGCUACUUGGGAGGCUGAGAAAGAAGAAUCACUUGAACCCAGGAGGCAGAGGUUGCAGUGAGCUGAGAUCGCGCCACUGCACUCCAGCCUGGGCGACAGUGAGUGGUAACAGAAUGACAGGGCAAGGAUGACUUUAGAUGAGGUCCUUGGAGUAGACCUUGUGGCAGAGGUCACAGAGAUGUGGAUUGUGAGUAGGAAAGAGAGGUGAGAAAGUCUGGGGGCCGGGCAUUCCACCCACCAGAGGCAGCCCCAAAGCCCAGAAGAGUAGCAGGUCUUCGAGGAGGCCUGUGCGGUGAGCAGAUGCACCAUGGGACAGAGGCACAGGGUAGGGCUGAUCAGUUAGGGCCUUGGAUCCUUGGGAAGAAAUCUGAAUUUUAUUCUAGAUCUGAUGGGAAGUGCUUGGAGGGUUUUGAGCACAGGCAUGCCAUGAUCAUAUUUUAAUUUUCUUAUUUAUAUUUAUUUUGAAAAAGAGUCUUGCUCUGUCUCAGGCUGGAGUCCAGUGGGCUGAUCUCGGCUCACUGCCAACCUCCGCCUCCCAAGUUCAAGUGAUUCUCCUGCCUCAGCCUCCUGGGUAGCUGGGAUUACAGGCAUGUGCCACCACACCUGGCUAAUUUUUUUGUAUUUUUAGUAAAGACGGGAUUUCACCGUGUUGGCCAGGCCAAUCUGAAAUUCCUGGCUUCAAAUGAUCCACCUGCCUCGGCCUCCCAAAAUGCUGGGAUUACAGGAGUGAGCCACUGCACCCGGCCUCAUAUUUUUAUUUAAACAAGAACAGCAGAAUUACAUUGCUGUGCUGAGCAUACGUAGACUUCAGGAGUCAAAGGGGAAGGAAGGAGGUAGCGGGCUGUUGCCUUCCUCUGGUUGCUGGAGGCCUGGACCAAGGUGGAGUUAGUGGGAUGGAGGAAGUGGAAGAAGGCAUGGGAUUUUGGAGGCAGAGUCUGCAUUGGUGGUGAACUGGAUGUCAUAGAGAAGGGAAGGAAAAGGAACCAGGAAGAGAAGAACUCUCUGAAUUGGGCACGCACAUCUCUGAUGGGCACCGAUGAGGAUUGUUACCAGGAACGAGGAGACUGGGAUCAGGAAAGCGGCUUUGGGAGGGAGGAACCAAGGCUUCUCUUUUGGAUGUGUCAAGAUAGAGCUGCCUUUGAGAAAUCCGAGUUGUGGUAUCAAAUAGCCAGUUGGAUAUGUGAGACUGGAGUUUGGGGCAAAGAGAGGCCGUGGCUCAAAAAUGUAAGUUUUGGAAACGUCAACAUAAAGCCACAGGACUGGGUGACGUGGCCUAGCAGGGGGGUGGGGACAGAGAAGCGACCCUGGCCAGAGCCUUGGGGACAUCUACAUCUGGGGGAGAAGGGGAUGUAGCAAAACGAGCUUAGGAGUGAUCUCGAAGUAGGCUGAAACCAGGAGGGUUACAGAGGGCAAAUGCACCUUUGUGUUUCCAGAAGGAGAGGAGACAGCCAGCUGUGCCAAGGGCUGCUGAGACUUGGACAAGGAUGCAGAGAGCAGAGUGACCAUUAGGUUUGAUGACAUGGACAGGGUUGGUGAGCUUGAUAAGAUAAGAUGUCAGCUCAGUGCAGUGGUGGGGACAGAAGCCCUGCUGGAGUGGAGGGGAGAGAGAAUUUGGGGGGAAGACAGAAGGAAAGGGAAUUCAGGCAAGUGUGUGUGUGUGUGUGUGUGUAACUGACACAAAGGCCAGGUGCGAUGGCUCACGCGUGUAAUCCCAGCACUUUGGGAGGCCGAAGUGCGUGGAUCACUUGAGGUCAGGAGUUCGAGACCAGCCUGGCCAAUAUGGUGAAACCCCGUCUCUACUAAAAAUACAGAAAUUAGCCAGGUGCGGUGGUGCACACCUGUAAUCCCAGCUACUUGAGAGGCUGAAGCAGGAGAAUCGCUUGGGCCCGGGAGGCAGAGGUUGCAGUGAGCCAGGAUCACACCACUGCACUCUAGCCUGGGUGACAGAGCAAGACUCUGUCUCAAAAAAGAAAAAAAGUAAAAAAAAAAAAAAAAAAAAUGACCCUGAAAGGAAGUAGAGAGACAUGCAGAUACGGAGAUGGGAGGCAGAAAAAUGCAUCCUGCAAUUAGCUGUCAUAGCAGGCAGGAGCAAGAGAGAUGGGGAAGCCCAGGGCCAGGAGGGGAAGAUGAAUUCAGGGGGCAGGGAAGAGAGGAUGCUGUCAGCUAGGCUCUGGCAGAUCCCCUAGCCAGGGAUGCUCUGCCCAGCUCCUGUCUCUUGCUGCUGUCAGCACCGGGCACACUCUGGGAUUCCCCCUGUAGACCCUGUCAAGACCUAUUGAGGUGAAGGGGAAGAACAGGUUUUCAUCAUUCAUUUUCAGAAAUAAACAUUCACUCAGUUCUUGGAAAUACUUUCUGGCCAGGCUUGGGGGCUCAUGCUUGUAAUCCCAGCACUCUGGGAGGCCAAGACAGGAGGAUUGCUUGAGGCUUGGUGUUUGAGACCAGCCUGGGCAAUAUAGUGAGACCCCAUCUCUACAAAAAUAAAAAAUGAGCUGCGACGUGGUGGCUCACGCCUGUAGUCCUAGAUACUCGGGAGGCUGAGGCGGGAGGAUUGCUUGAGUCCAGGAGUUUAAGGUUGCAGUGAGCUAUGAUUGCACCAUUGCACUUCAGGCUGGGCCACAGAGCAAGACCCUGUCUCAGAAAAAAGAAAGAAAGAAAGAAAAGAAAGUCAAAGAAAUAAAGUCAAAGACAAGAAGGUGAUACAGAGAAGACAGAAAAGGAGGAGGAGAGAGACUGACAGGUACACAAAUCAGAGAAGUCCCAGAGAUAACAAAAACACAACCACAGAGAUAGGGAGACGUAAGCCGGAGAAAGACUCAGAGAUUCGCACAGAAAGCAACGUGGAGACUCAGAAGCAAGCACAGCAUCAAGGAAUGAUCAAUAAAAAGAAAAAAAAUAUAUAUUUCCUGAGGACUUCCAAGUACCAGGCCCUGUGAUCUCAGGCCACUUCUGUCCCAUCUCUGCCCUCGGAGGUGGGGACAGGUAGUCCAGACAAUUAGAAUACAGAGGGGGCUGUGUUCUGACGGGGCCACGCGGGCAUUGAGGAAACGCAGCAGGCCCCUCCCCUAGCUGGGGCGGGGAUGUCUGUGUGCCAUCAUCUCACUCCAUCUGGUCAUUCCUUUGCCCAUUCAUCCAUCCAUUCAUUCAAGUCACCCCAUGCACAUUUUCCAAGACUGCCUGUGACCUGGCCCUGUGCCGGGUAGAGCUGAGGAUGCCAAGGUGAAUUCCUCCUGUGCCUGGCCCCGGCCCCAGUCUGCUGGAAGAACCAGACACAGACAAUCACAUUGCGGGGAAACACUUGCUCCAUCGGAAAAGUCCAGAGCAGGGGGUGGGCAGAGAGGCCCAGCGUGCACCAGAGCCUUGCUCAGGUCAGCGCCAGGCCUGCCUGGAGCAGCCAACUGUGGGAGAAGAAGGAGUUGGUGAAAGGUGGGUCCCACCUGGGCCGUUCACAGAAGGGCUGAGGGGUAGGGGGUGAGGGGUUGAAGAUCAGGCCCUGCCGCCAUGCCACACGGCUGUCCUCUGUCCCUGCCCCUGGGGGAGCUGAAACUGCAUGGAAGGUCCCCCAGGGGUGCCCCGUCUAAUAAACUCGAUGAAGAGGA